GCGAAGCAACUGCGGUGGACGAAAAAAACAAAACAAAAGGCCUGAAAAAACAUUCAAAGUACAAAUCGGUGCAAGUUCAUUUCGCAGUCAGUUUUGCUGUAAUUCUCAAAAGGUGCGGAGUGUUUACGUAAUAGUGACAACGGCUACUGGACAAACCUAUAAAUCCGUCGGAUGUUUCGCAAGAUGAGUGCGAAAAAGGGACUCGAAUUUCUGCGCGCCGUUUCCAGCUACAUGACCAAAACAAAUGGCUACGAUCGGUGCCUAUCUCAGUUAAAGAUGAUCAGCGGCGGCGACGGAAAGUGCACGGCCGAAUUCAAGGUGAGCGAGGAGCAAUUGAACCGGGCCGGCGGCCUUCACGGUGGCUUUACGGCCACCAUCGUGGACGUGGUCACGACCUAUGCCCUGAUGACCAAGGAGAACUGUCUGCCGGGCGUUUCGGUGGACAUUCACGUAACGUAUCUGAAGGGGGCUCGAGAAGGCGAUGAAGUGGUCAUCGAUGCCAACACAAUCCGGGCCGGGCGCAAUUUGGCCUUCCUGGAGUGCGAGCUGCGCCACAAGAAGGAUAACUCCAUUAUCGCGCGGGGACAGCACACCAAGUACAUUGGAACGGGAGGCGGUGGACCGAAGAAAAGUGAAGAGUAAACGGGGAAAACCGGGACAGAUUCCCACGCCCAACCUGCCCUGAUGGCCUUUCGGACAAAUUAAAGGAAGCGAAACUACCGGCACAGAUAAUUCGAAAAGAGAGUAAAAUUGGUAAUUGUUUUAUUUGAUUUUCUAGUCAGUUUGCUUGCAGUUGAAUCGUUAUUUUUUGCGCCACACGGGAUCUACGGGAGUUCUGUUCGAUUGUUUUUCUUUUGGGGAAAUGGCCGGGGUUUUACUUUGUUUUUUUUUUGUUGGUUCUUAUAUGAUAAAACGUGUUGAACUUACUACUAGAA